AUGGCGACAUCUACCAGACUUGAUGUGAGCAAUGGUUCUCCUCUUCCAGAUGCCACCGAAUAUCGCAGUGUGGUGGGGGCACUGCAAUAUGUUACCCUUACUUGGCCAGACAUCAGCUUCUCAGUUAACAAAGUUUGUCAGUUUAUGAACGAACCCACUAAUGUUCAUUGGAGUGUAGUCAAGUGGAUCAUUCGUUAUCUCAAGUCCACAAUUGAUCAUGUCAUUACUUUUCGUGCUUCUCUGGAAUUGGCUCUUGAACCCUUUUCUAAUGCUGACUGGGCUAGUUGCCCUGUUGAUCAUCGCUCUCAAGGUGGUUUCUGUGUUUACCUGGGUCGUAAUCUUAUUUCAUGGAUCUCUUGUAAACAUUCCAUAGUUUCUCGCUCCAGCACAGAAUCAGAAUACCGUAAUCUUGCCUCUACUACCACUGAAAUUCUUUGGCUCCAGAUGUUACUCAUGGAGCUUGGAUUGAAGCUCCCUCACUCACCUGUCAUCUGGUGCGACAAUUUGAGUGCCAAGUUUCUCUCCUUCAAUCCUGUCCACCAUUCUCGCACCAAGCACAUAGAAUUGGAUGUUCAUUUUAUACAGGAAAAAGUUGUGRCCAACAUUCUACUGAUCAAUCACAUUCCCAGCCAUGAUCAGAUUGCAGAUAUUCUUACUAAACUGUUGUCUUCAACACGGUUUCAUGACCUUACAACCAAGCUUACUGUCUCCAAGUGA